AUGGCAGCAAUGCCAGAGGCCAACAACGUCCGUUCAGUGACUGAAGGACCAGAAGGAGAUGAUGCUAAAUGUAGUUUCCAUCACAGAAUGUUCUUGGAACCCCAAGAGAAGAAGAGGAGCAUGAAGGCUCUGGUGGUUAAGCAAGCAAAGAAAACUUGCAGCUGCACUCCAGCCAAAGUUAAAGACUGUGUUUUCGGGUUCUUUCCCAUCUUACAGUGGCUUCCAAAAUACAAACUAAGGGAGUAUCUCCUGGGGGACAUAAUGUCUGGUGUGAUCGUGGGAGUCUUGCUGGUCCCACAGUCUAUAGCCUAUUCUCUCCUGGCUGGGCUGGAGCCAAUUUAUGGCCUUUAUACAUCCUUUUUUGCCAGCAUUAUUUAUUGCCUGUUCGGCACAUCUCGGCACAUCUCAGUUGGCAUCUUUGGUGUCAUUUGCCUGAUGGUGGGACAGGUGGUGGAUCGUGAAGUAGAGAGAGCUGGGUAUGACCUGGAGCUCAGCACCCUCCCAGGGAUGGCAGUGCAUGCCAACACCACCUCUUGGCCACUCAACCAGACCUCGCAGGAGCUGCUGUGUGACAAAAGCUGCUAUGCCAUCGCAGUGGGAACCACCAUGACCUUCAUAGCUGGAGUUUAUCAGGUGGCCAUGGGUUUCUUUCAAGUGGGCUUUGUCUCGGUGUACCUCUCCGAUUCCCUGCUGAGUGGAUUUGUCACAGGUGCCUCCUUCACUGUUGUAACCUCACAAGUCAAGUACCUCCUGGGCCUAGACAUUCCACGGAGUGGUGGUGUCGGCUCGCUCAUAACCACCUGGAUAAACAUCUUCAAAAACAUACACAAGACCAACAUCUGUGACCUCAUCACCAGCUUCUUGUGCCUCCUUGUGCUUAUCCCAGCCAAAGAGCUUAAUGAACACUUCAAAUCCAAGCUCAAGGCUCCAAUACCAAUUGAACUGGUUGUGGUUGUGGCAGCUACUCUGGCAUCUCACUUUGGGAAGCUGAAAGAGACUUAUGGCUCCAGCAUUGCUGGACACAUCCCAACUGGGUUUCUGCCACCUCGUCCUCCAGACUGGAACCUGAUUCCCAAUGUGGCUCUGGACGCUAUCCCCAUCGCGAUUAUCGGCUUUGCCAUCACCGUCUCCCUCUCUGAGAUGUUUGCCAAGAAGCAUGGCUACUCUGUGAGGGCCAACCAGGAGAUGUAUGCCAUAGGCUUCUGCAACAUCAUCCCCUCCUUCUUCCAUUGCUUCACCACCAGCGCAGCUCUCGCCAAGACUCUUGUCAAGGAGUCCACAGGCUGUAGGACACAGAUGUCUGGCAUGGUGACUAGUUUGGUAAUCCUUUUAGUCCUCCUUGUGAUUGCACCUUUGUUUUAUUCCCUUCAGAAAUGUGUCCUUGCUGUCAUAACCAUUGUAAACCUCAGAGGAGCCCUGAGGAAGUUCAGGGACCUGCCAAAAAUGUGGCACUUGAGCAGAGUGGACACAGUGAUCUGGGUGGUCACUAUGGUGGCCACGGCACUCAUCAGCACCGAGAUUGGCCUGCUGGUUGGGGUUUGCUUCUCAAUGCUCUGUGUCAUUUUCAGGACGCAGAGGCCAGAGGCACCACUGCUUGGUUGGGUGGCAGAGUCUGAGACCUACGAAUCCCUGGCUGCUUACAAGAACCUGCAAACCAAGCCAGGAGUCGUGGUGUUCCGUUUCGAAGCACCUCUCUACUACAUCAACAAGGAGUGCUUCAAGUCCACCCUCUACAAGCAAACUGGGGUCAACCCAGUCUGGGUGAAGGCAGCAAAGAAAAAGGCAGCAAAAAGAAUGCUGAGAGAGAAGGAGAUGCAUUCUGGUGACAACCCAACCAGCAUCAACAUGGAUUUUGUGGCAGAACCUCUGGGGUUUCACACCAUAGUGAUUGACUGUUGCGCGAUGCAGUUUUUGGACACGGCAGGAAUCCGCACGCUCAAAGAGGUCUGCAAGGACUAUGAGGAGAUAGAUGUGCAGGUUCUCCUGGCCCAGUGCAAUCCCUCAGUGAGGAGCUCCCUGAUCAGAGGAGAAUUUUUCAAGGAGGGGGAGGACCACCUUCUCUUCCACAGUGUGCACCAGGCUGUGGACUUUGCGUUGGGUGUGCAGGGGCAUGGUGGGACCAGUGCUGCAAAGAACUAG